AUGGAGUCUGAAACAACAAAAUCGUCGGUAAUAUAUUUCUAUCCGUCAACAACGACGACGACGACGACAGCUUACAACAUCGCCACCACCGCCGCCACCACAAGCAGCAGCAGCAGCACUGCAGCAACAACAGCAACGACAUCAAUCCUGAUCGCCGUGAUAAAAAGUUUGUUGCUCGGUUCAAUUAUAAUAUGCGCAGUGGUCGGCAAUGCACUGGUCAUUCUGAGUGUCAGCCGCUACCACAACCUGAGGACCAAGGCCAACAUGUUCAUCGUGUCCCUGGCCUUCGCGGAUCUGCUGGUGGCUCUGCUGGUGAUGCCCUUCAGUGCGAGUCAGGAGGUGGCUGGCAGGUGGCUGUUUGACGGUGUCACGUGCGACCUCUUCAACGCCAACGACGUCCUCUUCUCCACAGCCUCCCUCCUCAACCUAUGCUGCAUCAGUCUCGAUAGGUACAUAGCAAUAACGGACCCAUUCAACUACACGACGAGGCUGAACAAGUGCAGGGUGGUCGUCAUCCUGGUCAGUGCCUGGCUGGCCUCUAUUCUCGUCUCACAUCUGCCCAUCCACCUCAAGAUAUACAGCGCCGAUGCGUUCGGCCGCCAACAAAAAAUAAUAAACGACGACGACGAAGAAGUUAUCAACGAAAUUUGUUCAUUCCAAGUUAACUGGCUCUACGGCAUUGUAUCUUCCCUCAUUUCUUUCUGGAUACCCACCAUCGUCAUGUUGUUCACCUAUCAAAAAAUUUUCAACGAGGCCAAACGGCAGGUGGAACAAAUUGAAAACAUCACCAACUUAUUAUCAGCAUUCCAGGCUGAAAUGAAGAACCAAGCAGCAGCAGCGCUCCAGCAACAAACAAACAACGAAAACAGAAGAAUCAAACGAGAACACAAAGCCGCCAAAACACUGGGCAUCAUAAUGGGGGUCUUUCUCGGGUGUUGGCUGCCCUUUUUCAUUUGGUACCUCACAGAUUCCAUCUGUCGAGAACAGUGCAAUACUCCAAAAGUAUUCAUCUCGUUCCUUUUCUGGGUGGGUUACGCCAACUCAGCACUCAAUCCAUUGAUAUAUGCUUUCUUCAAUCGGGAGUUCAGAGGAGCCUUCCGCAAGCAGUUGUGUCACUGCAAACGUGCGUUGACCUGGAGCCGAGCAAAGAAGCCUCAUCUCGUAACCGAACUUGCAGCCAGCUAUUCAGAAAGACAUAAUUGGAGCGGUGAAGUUUCGUACAACAAAAAAGAUGACAUUUAA